GACUUUUUUUUUUUUUUUCCUUCCCCCGGGUUGCUACAGUUAGCUAACAGCUACAUGUGGUUGACUAACAUCAAACUGGCCAUAACAUGAUUUCUAGCUUGCAAAGAAAGUUUAUAACUUGACUCUUGUUGGAUAUCGGAAGGACUCGUUAAACGCUGACUAACGCGGACGAUGAAGGUAAAGAUCCGACAGUGGAACGGUGUGGCCUCUUGGUUGUGGGUGGCCAAUGAUGAAAACUGUGGGAUCUGCAGGAUGCCUUUCAACGGCUGCUGCCCAGACUGUAAAGUGCCUGGGGAUGACUGCCCGCUGGUCUGGGGUCAGUGCUCCCACUGUUUCCACAUGCACUGCAUCUUGAAAUGGCUGAACUCGCAGCAGGUCCAGCAGCAGUGCCCCAUGUGUCGACAGGAGUGGAAGUUCAAAGAAUGAACCUGUGGAGGCGGCACUGCUGCACGCCUGCAGAGACCGAGAGAGAGGCCUGUUAAUGGAUUUCUUUUUUUUUUUAUCAGAUGUGAAUAAAUAUGUUUUUGUAUUUCUCUACCUUCUGUAAUGCAAAGUACAUUUGGAAGCAAUUGUAUUCUGUUGACAGUUUUAGUAUGUGAUUAAAUAAAGAAAAACCCUACAUCACAUGCA